AUGACAAGUAAUCACCCAUCAAAAGGCCGUCAGUCCUUACCUCCAAUGUCGGUACAUUCAUUGACGACGCCAACAUCAUCGAGACAUUCGUUAGGUGGAGGUGGUGGGAGUAUGAUAUUAUCCUCAACAAGAGUCAAACCGACAUCUGCUACCAGUGGAUCCGCUGGAUCCGGUCUGAGUACGUCCAGAUCUAUGGGGAAUCUCAGAGGGUCCAGUGAAGGUCUGCUGGAUAAGGAUAAACAGAAACCACCAAAGAAGAAGAAUAAGAAAGGUAUGAAAGGUUGGGCAUGGGUUGUGGAAGAUGAAAAUGGAAAUAUAAUCGAUGCUCCUGAUUCCGAAGUGGACGCUGCUGCCGAUGCUGACGGUGGACCCGGAGCUGGAGCUGAAAACCCAACGAUCAGUAGAAGUAGAGAUGGAGGAGAAGAAGAUGAGAUGACUGCUGUGGAAGAUUCCAAUAUUGGAAUCAGAAGUACAUCAUCGAUUCAUCAAUUGAUCAAUCAAGAUGAAGCAAAUGAUGACAAACCAAUAUCAAGAUUAUCUAAUAGUACGAUUGUGCAGAAUGAUAAUGAUUUGUAUGCUAGUUCUCCGAUGGUUUCUAGAGCCUCCACUGCGACUGCUGAGAUCAUACCUUCCAAACGCACUAGGAAGAGUUCCAGUCCUGCCGUUGCUCUCACACCGAAGGAUAGCGUUAAUCAUGAUGAGGGUGAGUGA